UUAAAGACUCCAGUUUCCAGUCGAACCUUAAGAACGCGGACCUUAGCCGCUAGCAGCAGCAGUUAAUCCUCUCGUCAGUCACCUCGUCCUUCACUAGGAUGAAAACCAUGUUGGCGAUCAUUUCUAACGCACUGUGCCGGAUCACAGGGAGGAGUGCGGGAGAGCAAACCGUGUCGGAGCUGCUGAUUGGCCUGUCAGAAUAUGUCAAUCUGACGUCUCCUCCAGCGGCGGCGCCCGUUCCCCCACAGGCCCGGCGGCUCCCACCCAAACCACCACCAGUACGACCAGCAGCAGGCGGCGCCGCCCAGUUAGUGAGCAGCCGGACGGACGGACCGGACCGACCCGGCGCCAGAGUCGUCGCCUCCCGCUCCUUAUCUGACUUCACUCCUCAGGCGACCUUUGACAUCAAGAAAUGCGACGUGCACCGGCUGGAGGCGGGGCCUCCUGUGAAGGCGGAGCUAACGCGGGAGCAGGGCCUGCAGUAUUACCGCACCAUGCAGAUGGUGCGGCGCAUGGAGCUGAAAGCCGACCAGCUCUACAAGCAGAAGAUCAUCCGGGGUUUCUGCCACCUCUAUGAUGGACAGGAAGCGUGUGCUGCCGGAAUCGAAGCCGCCAUCAACCCAUCGGAUCACCUGAUCACGGCGUACCGAGCGCAUGGCUACACCUACACCCGCGGCGUCUCCGUCAGAGAGAUCCUGGCCGAGCUCACAGGUCGCAUAGGGGGCGUGGCCAAAGGGAAGGGCGGCUCCAUGCACAUGUACGCGCCUCACUUCUACGGCGGCAACGGGAUCGUAGGCGCUCAGGUGCCGCUGGGCGCCGGCAUCGCUCUGGCCUGCCAGUACCAAGGAAACAACCAGAUCUGUGUGACGUUGUACGGCGACGGAGCCGCAAACCAGGGUCAGCUGUUUGAGUCCUUCAACAUGGCCGCCCUCUGGAAGCUGCCGUGCGUCUUCAUCUGUGAGAACAACAAGUACGGCAUGGGGACGUCGGUGGAGCGGGCGUCGGCCAGCACCGACUACUACAAGCGGGGCGACUUCAUCCCCGGACUCAGAGUGGACGGGAUGGACGUGCUGUGCGUCAGAGAGGCGGCGAAGUUCGCUGCAGAUCACUGCAGAGCUGGGAAGGGGCCAAUCAUCAUGGAGCUGCAGACCUACCGUUACCAUGGACACAGCAUGAGUGACCCGGGCGUCAGCUACCGGACCCGGGAGGAGAUCCAGGAGGUCCGCAGUAAGAGCGACCCGAUCUCCCUGCUGAAGGAGCGACUGCUCAGCAACAACAUGGCGUCAGUCGAGGAGCUCAAGGAAAUCGACAUCCAGAUCCGUAAGGAGGUGGAGGAGGCGGCUCAGUUCGCGACCUCUGACCCCGAGCCGCCGCUGGAGGAACUCUGCAACCAUAUUUUCUCCAACAACCCGCCGCUGGAGGUCCGCGGGACGAACCCCUGGUCCAAACUGAAAUCCAUCAGCUAAAACGUCCCGACUGUGAAUCAAACCUGCCAGUAUUUAUUUACCUGAAACUGUUUUUAAUAGGAAUCUAAAUUAUUUAAUGAGCUGAGAGUCGGACCAGGCUGCUAGCGGCGCAGAAACACAAACAUUAGCUUUUCAUCUGAACGCGCCGUCCUGCAAACAAACGCACAACUACAAGGUUUCAUUUCCGACCCGCCGACCCGAAUCCAACAUCCUGCUGGAAUUUUAAAAAGUUAUUAAAUUUGAAAGAAUGGGAGCAAUGUUGGAAAAUUUGCAGCAUCAUUCUUGAGUCACAAGGUCACGUCAAAGUACGCAGAAUCAGUUUAAAGGAGCUGAGCACUACAAAAACAGAACACUAACUUAUUUCUAGUUUUCUGUAAAAAUGGGUCGAAUUUUCACUUUUCUGACGCCGUAUUAGAGCAAUUGUACAACAAAAAGAAGUUUCUAGAAAAAAGUGAAAUUCUGUGAUUAAUCUCUGAAAUAUUCAAUUUUUCAAACUCAAAUUUAUUAAUCUCAGAAAUUGAGUUUUUUCCUCCUUGAAAAUUCAUUAAUCUGAGAUUUUCAGUUUUUUCUUGCAAAUUUCUGAGAUUAAUCACAAAAUUUCAGCUUUUCUCUAAAAUUUAAAAUCAGAAUUGUACAACUUUUCAAACUCAGAAUUUAUAUAUAUAUAUAUAAAAAUUCUGAGAUUAAUCUCAAAAUGUUAGUUUUUUCUCUGAAAUUGACUCUUUUUUUCUAUUUACGGUGUUUCCUGACACGCUGGUCCUAUUUCCUCUGUAAUGAGGUUAAAAUCUGAAUAUUUUUGUUAUUUUAAGACGUUUCCACUCUUCAUUUUGUUGUUGGAGAUAUAAAAUCUGACGCUGUGUGUUUCUGUAUGUUUAGAGCUUUACAUUCUCUCUAUGCAUUCAGUUUAUAAAAACGUUAAAAAUCUGUUUUUAUGGACGGACUGUAAGAAUUUGUAGUUUGAAUUAUCUGAGGUUCUUCAUGAAUUUACUUUUAUUUCUUGAACUUGUACAGAAAGUUUUCUUAUUUAUGAUGUUUUGAGAAAUGUAACUGAGCCACUGAGGUAUUAUGAAAUAAAUUAUGAUGAAAGUG